AUGAUGGCCCGUCCACUCAUCACGACCAUCUUCUCCGCACUCGUCCUCCUAACCCACCUCCUCCACGUCAGUGCAAGCCCUCUAGCCGAACAAGCUCCUCUCACCGACAGCGACAUCGACACCACCUUCGAUACACACUACAACCUCGACACCGACACCGACACCCUCACCCUCACCACCAACACUGCCCCCCCAUCCUGGUUCACCUCAACCCUCCUCGCCCGGCGCCUCCUGGCCCUCUCCCGCACCGGCACCGCCUCAACCAUCUUCCCCUCCCCCCUCCCCCCAAACUCCCACACGCCCCCCUCCCUAGCCGGCCACUCCACAACCCAAACCGAAUACCUCGCCGACUGCGACCCCCACCUCCCCGCCAACGACACCUCCUCCGAAUCCCCCAGGGGACUCGGCAACCCGACCUUCCUAGCCCUGCACGUGGCCACCACCUUCCGCAACACCGCCGCAGGGUCCAACAUCUCCCUCUCCCUGGACUGGUGGGACCACGUCAACGACACUUCCCCGCUCUGGCCGGGCUUCCCCCUCAGCGAGGCCGGAUUACCCCGCGUCACGCUGUUCGGGUACGUCGAGCCGUUUGAGACGCCCGUGCCGGAGGCUGUGGAGGCCGCGCUGCGGAAGUGUUUCCUUGAGAAGCAUCCUGAUGCGGAGGCGUGGUUGCCGGGCAAGGAAGGUGCCCCGCAUAGUAGUUAUUGGGCGAGGUUGAGGGUCGAGCAGGUUUAUUGGAUUGGGGGGUUUGGCGGGUUGCAGAGGAUUGGGUGGUUGAAUGUUAGUGAGUGGAGGGGUGUUACGGAGUGGGGGAGUGGGGGCGGUGGUGGGGGGUUUGGGGAUGGGAGUGGGAGGGGGUGGGGGGAUGUGAGGUUGCCGGGGGAGGAGGAGUAA